AUGCCUGUGAUCGAAAGUACCCGACCUGCGACGCGCUGGAUCACUCGUUUAGUCCCUGCGAUUCUUGUUGCCGCUAUUAGCUAUGCUACCUUUGUCAUUGUCGGCCGGGUUUGCUCCCAGUAUCUCAUCAGCCAGCGCGGCGAAGCUGGGGCAGCUAUUACUAUCCUCAUCCUAUAUUUCCUAUUCCUCUUGUUGAUGGUAAUCACCUAUCUACGAAAUACCCUCACUGUCAUCCUCGAUCCUGGACUCGUACCUCUCGGUCCGCUGGCGAUAGAACGGAGAAAGAUAGAAAGAGACAGACGAAAACGAGGCAGAAACCGCCGAGAAAGUGACCUCGAGAGUCAGCCCUAUCAUAGCGGUCCCGAUCCGAAUCCCGAUAGUCCUGGCUUGGAGGAGUUCUACACCAAAGAUGUCUUCACUUGUGAAAAUGAUGGUCGCCCGAGAUGGUGCUCGGAGUGCUGCAAUUGGAAGCCAGACCGCGUCCACCACAGCAGUGAGAUCAAUCGCUGCGUAUUACGUAUGGACCACUACUGCCCAUGGGUCGGCGGCAUGGUAGGGGAGAAUUCUUUCAAGUUUUUCGUGCAAUUCACCACCUAUACUGCCUGUUACUGCGGUGUUGUUCUCGGCGCCGCGGCCUCGAGCCUUCGCAAAGUGAUCAAUGAUGACGCUCCACUGGAUCCGCAUUUCAUACCUGCCAUAGUACUGGCUGCAUUUUUCGGGCUCUUCACUUCAUUAAUGACCCUGACGUCUAUCCGAUACAUCUUGCUCAACAUGACCAACGUCGACAUGCUGAACUCCCGAUCUAAAGUAUACCAACUGGCCGUUCGCGUGCCCCGCGGCACCGAGGCGACGGACAGGUUCAGUGUGGUAACUUAUCCCCUGCCACGGCCGGGCGAGAUCACCACCAACGGCCGGCUUAACGGAACGGCGGUGCCCCGAACGGCUAGAAGCAGCAGCUCGGACGCGCGCGCUCGCCCGACCACCCGCGACGACCUCGCAAACCGCACGUUCGCCAUCCUUAAGACGGAGCCCGGCGAGAACCUGUGGGACCUCGGGGCGUGGCGCAACUGGCAGAACAUCAUGGGCCCCCACCUCCUCGACUGGGUCCUGCCGUUCCGCAAGUCACCUUGCGUCAACCACGAAAGCCACGACAGCUUCUACCCCAUGGGCCGUGCGCUGGCGGAUGUCCUGGCUAGGUACGAACUUACGGGUCUGGCGAUGGCGACAGCUGGCGGUGAGGGCGCGGGGCUGGAGAUGAAGGAGAUUGGGAGAGCAGGAGGAGGAGGAGCAGGAGGAGGGAAUAGAUUAAGUAGGGAAUAG